CAGGAUCCUGGGAGACCAGAUAUAGUGAAUGCAGGGUCCGGUGAAACCAGAUAUAGUGAAUGCAGGGUCCGGGGAGACCAGAUAUAGUGAAUGCAGGGGUCUGGGGAGACCGGAUAUAGUGAAUGCAGGGUCCUGGGAGACCAGAUAUAGUGAAUGCAGGGUCCGGGAAGAGAGGAUAUAGUGAAUGCAGGGUCCGGGGAGAGCAGAUAUAGUGAAUGCAGGGUCCGGGGAGAGCAGAUAUAGUGAAUGCAGGGUCCGGGGAGACCAAAUAUAGUGAAUGCAGGGUCCUGGG